GUUCACACCAAAUCUUUUCAACAAGAGCCAAGCGAAAACUGAGCCCCUCCAUCAGUUGAAGUUUUUGCACACUACUUUGUCUCGGAAAGGUCUGGAGGAGUUUUUUGAUGAUCCAGUAAACUGGGGAGAAAAAAGCAUAAAGUCUGGGGAUGCAUGGAAUAUAAAGCAGCUGAGGGCUAAAAGUAGUGAGGACUUACACAAGCUUUGGUAUGUCCUACUGAAGGAAAAAAACAUGCUUUUAACUUUAGAGCAAGAAUCAAAACGACAACUCAAGCCUAUGCCAAGUCCAGAACGAUUAGAAAAGGUAGAAGAGUCUAUGAAAAAUAUAGAUUUGGUUGUCAGAGAAAGAGAGAUUGCUUUGAGGCUUCUACAAACUGGCCAUGAAAAGCCAGUACCUGGCGAGUGGAGACACGACUUCUUAGGACGCACCUACUGGUACUCUUACAAGGAAUGGCCGAUACCUUGGUACUUGAACAAAAAAUACAAAAAGAGGAAAUUCUAUUACUUACCUCAUGUGGAACGCUUCAUCAGGCUCAGACUUGAAAAAUCGUUAUGCACAAGGGCAAGAAUGCGAAGCCUAGAGAAGACAAAGCGGAAGGUCCUAGAAAGGAAGUUCCCUCACCUUGCUGUAAAAUCGCAGAGCCAGUAG